GUUUGUCCGUUGAUCUGUUUUUGUAAAGAAGCGUUUAAAAAACGGAGUAUUUCAUUGAAUAAAAGUAAUAAAGAAAAUAUUAAAAUGUUGCAAAAUGAUGCAGUGCGCACAUUGCAAUACGACAGCGAAAUACGUGUGGCUCAAACAAGUUCAGCUAACGAACCACGAGUUUAUGAUGGACAAAUCAGCAUAACCUCACAGCCGCGACCAACUACAGAGACUCCUCGGAUACCUUUGCCCAUUUCAACAGUUGCUGGAAGUCGCACCUUUAUACCUUUGGCUGGCUAUGAUUGCCUCGGCGAUUUGCCGUCUGUACACAUAGAGCAAACGUUUGAGUUAAAUGACUCGCUCACGGCUGUUUCGUCAGAGAACCGUUAUGUAGUUCGCUCGCCUCUGGGUGAUGCCAUCUUUGCAGCCUCCGAGAGCUCCACGCAUAACAAUCGCAUGAUCUGGGGUUCCGGACGGCCCUUUCAGAUGCACUUGCUCGAUAAGACACAUCAGGAGGCAUUGGUAUUCCGCAAGACUCUUGCUCUGGGCGCCAUUUGCUGUCAGCCAAAGAACUUGGAGAUUUGGAUACCACCUGGCAAUGUGCUGGGUCGUGUCGUGCAAUCGCCCACCAUUACACAGCCAGAGUUCUUCAUAGAAGAUGGAAAUACGCAUCAACCAGUCUUUUGCGUCGAAGGACCCGCAAACUCUGGCUUCUGUUGCUAUUGUUUGCCCAAGGAGUGUUACUUCAGGAUUCAUUCUGGUGGCGAUCUGCGCGCUUCUAUUGAUCACAAAUGGUUGGCCAGCAAAUCGCAAUAUACCACAAAUAUUUAUUUUAGCGAUCCCAAGCUGACGGCCAAGGAGCGCGCCUUGAUACUGGGCUCAGCCUUUUUACUAGAAUACAUGUACUUUCAAAAACGUUUUUAAUACUUGGGUAAAGUUGAAGUCACUGCACCAGUAACUGAAGUACUCCGACUUAGCCUUUCUAUCUUUCCUUCUUCCUUACAAACUUUCAAAAUGGCUAAUAAACUAUAUAAUACCCCUAAUUUAGCCAUAUGUAUAUAUAUGUGUGCAUAUGUGUGGCUGUGUGUUUGCAUGUGAUGCAAAGGAUAUACAGAUCACCACAAUUGAUUAAGUUAUGAAUUAUGUUAGUUAGAGCGAGAUGACCUAUUUAAUGGUCUGCCAGAUUUGCAUAUGUGUGCGUUAGUAUACUUUGAUAUUUGCAGCAAAAGAGUCGCCACACGACGCAAACAAAACAAAUCAAAUUCAAACAUAAAUUUAAUAAAUAUUAUUAAUGAUAUUGUUCUGUUUUAAUAUUGAGCCUAAGCUUUUAUAAAUAUUCGACGUAUUUUCCACUUUUUCUUUUUAUGUUCGUUUUGAUUGUCAUCCUGCGCUCAUGCUUUUUAUUGCUGGUGAAAUAGCAUUCGUCUCGCUCUGCCUAUUUCAAGCUCUUUCCCCUGCACUGGUUACACUGUCAUGUCUCUCCCACUUACCAUUUUGGCGAAUGUGAUUUCAGUAAUAAAAAAAC